UUUUAUGUUUUGCCCCCACAAUCUAUCAAAAUCUCUUUGGGUCCUCAGCUUAUAAAUUUAAGAAUUUAACCCCCACCCCUCUCACACACCCACACCCACACCCACACCCACACACACUUAGUGCUGAGUAAGAAAGCCAGAAAACAUGCCUAUGAGAGGAAGCAAAGUGGGAGUUUUCGGUAUGGUAGUUUUAGGACUGCUACUUAUAGCAGGCUCAAGUGGAUUGAGUCUUUGUAACAUGAACGACGGUGGUUUGACAGCAUGUAAGCCAUCAGUAACACAGCCAAAUCCAGUGGAGCCAUCUGCUUCUUGCUGUGAAGCCUUGUCGGGUGCAGACUUGCAGUGCUUGUGUUCUUAUAAAAACUCAUUCUUAUUGCCUUCUCUUGGGAUUGAUCCUGAACUUGCCUUGGCUCUUCCUACGAAGUGCAAUCUCACUUCUCCUCCAAAUUGUUAAGGAAAAAAAAAUAGAGGUCUCUUCAAUUUCUUCCCUACUACACCUCUGGCUUCAAAAUUAAACUACUUUUGUUGUUGUACUUUAAUUUAUGCUUGAUUUUGAGACCUGUAUCCAUUCAAAUUGGAGUAUGUCUUUCAUCAUAAUGAAUGGAGAUUUUACGUGCUCGUA